AUGCUAGUUGUUGUGAUACUAGUGCAUAAUCAUCCUCACACAUGUGAUGCAACAAACACUAAUAACCAAACAUACUGUCCACCUUCUUCAUGUGGGAAACUCUAUGGUGAUUCGAGGUACGAGUUUUCAUGCGAAAACAACAUGACAGUGUUAAAUCUGUCUUCAGGUAAAUACUAUGUGAAAUCAAUCAUCUACAGAAACUACACAAUCAGAUUAGUUGAUCCCGGAAUUGUAGAUGGUGAUUGCUCCACCAUUCCCCGGUAUUUCUUAACCGCAGCCAAUCUUGACUACCAGCGUGAUCCAUAUGAAGUCGCGGAUGGUCAAACUAAUUCUGGGCAUGUAAUAUACUUGAACUGUAGCAAGCCAAUGAAGAACGAUCCUAUUUACGUGGAUACAUCUUCCUGUUUCAAAUGGCAUUCCAAAGGCCAUGUAUAUGCUAUCGCUGGGGACAUCAGCAUUGGGAGGUUAAAUGUUGGUUGUGACGUGAAACUUGUUGCUAUGUCAUCAGCUUCUCCUUUUAUGCCGUAUUCCCAGGAUGAUACAACAAGCCCUCAAAAAUAUUUUUCAUACGCGGAAAUUCAUGGAAUGCUAAGCUAUGGAUUUGAUCUUUCAUGGAUUGGACAUAACGUUUUGGAACAACGAAUUUAG